GCACCAUUUCGCUUUCCUGCUGCGGCCAGCGUUCUUGAUGCGUGUGGCGACGGCGGGGCUGGUGUUAACCCUAUCAUGCAGGUUCUUCUGCGUGAUGGCGUUUCUCGGAGGUCCUGUAGCCGUACCAUCUCAUACUAAGGCACAGCACAGCGCCAGGACACUUGCGCAACUACGCAACAACGCGCGGUGUUCCAGCCUCCGCAUGUCGUCAACUGACGAACCAACGCCGGAAGAACUAAGCACCCCGAAUAAGAAAAAGAAGAAGGUCGUGGUGGUCGGAGGCGGGUGGGCGGGUUUCGGCGCCGCGAAGGCGUUGACGGAAGCGGGGGAGGGGAGCUACGAGGUCACCCUUCUCGACGCCAGCCCUAACCCAGGGGGGCUCUCGGCAGGGUGGCGGACGGCGGGAGGACGCGCUGUGGAGGCCGGGAUGAAGGGGUUCUGGUGGUCUUACCCUAACAUCUACGACCUAGUGGAGAGGGAGCUCAAGAUUGAGAAUCCCUUCACGGACUGGACGAGGAGCAGCUUCUUCUCACCUGAUGGCUUGCAGGUGGAAGCUCCCGUGCUCAACCGUGAGCAGAGCUACCCUUCCCCCCUGGGCCUGUUCCUGCACACGAGGGCGCUCUUCACCUCUCUCCCGUUGGCCGACCGGGCGUCGAUGAUCCCCCUGCUGUACGCCAUCCUGGACUUCGAACGCGACGAGGACACGUACAGCGAGUACGACAAGAUGACUGCCAGGGAGCUGUUCCGCCGGUUCGGGGUUUCCAAGAGGUGGGGGAAGCAAAGCGGGUUUCGGGGGGGGGGGUACACAUGUGUUUGCAUGCCUUAG